GGGGUGGGAAAAAAAAACUCAAGGAGCUUUCUUUAUUACUUUGGCUUUCCAGUCUCGCUCAUCAUUCUCACUCAGUCCCUUUGCAGAGGUGAUUUUCCGCUUUGAUUCGGUCUGUUUUGGUUCUGCUGAGCUCAGAUUUCCAACUGGGGAAAAGUUUUUCGGGCACUCGGUAUCUUAGUUCUCAAGUUACCGUGUUUUGGGUUUUCAUUCAAUUAUUUUAUGUUGGGUUUUCACGCCGUAAACUUUUAACACAUUUUGAGGCGGUCGCAAUACAAGUUAAUUUGGAAUAACAAUCCCUUUCCGCUCGGAGCUCAACAGCAUUGGCUUGUUUGGAGUUGGUCAGUUUGCAUUGUGUGUAUGAACUGAGUUUAGUCCCUGUGCUGCAGCGAUGGCGAGUUUAGCUGCUGCCCUUGUGUUGAGCUGCUUGCUGCAGACAGUCAGUGGUGGGCUGACCGAUGCUGAAGUCUCCCCGCAGCCCCAGCCCCAGUGCUCCCGCCGCUGCGAUGUGUCCAAGUGCCCUAGCCCGAGCUGUCUGAAUGGCUAUGUGCACGAUGCCUGUCACUGCUGCCUGGUGUGCGCGGCCGGGGAGGGACAGAGCUGCGGGCUCCCGGGAGAUGUCGGCUGCGGGGACGGCAUGCAGUGCAAGUCUGUCCUCGGCAAGCGCCUGGCGAGGGGACCGGGCAUCUGCCGCUGCAAAUCCAACCACAAAGUGUGCGGCAGCGACGGCACCACCCAUGACAACGUGUGCAAGCUCAAGUUGGUCAGCAGGAGAGCCCUGCAGCUCAGACUGCCACCCGUCGUUCAAGUUCACAAGGGCGCCUGUAAACCAGGUCAUUCACAUCCAAACAGCCCGCGAUAUAAAUUUAAUUUUAUAGCUGAUGUGGUGGAGAAAAUUGCUCCUGCAGUCGUUCACAUAGAGCUAUUUUUGAGGCAUCCUCUAUUGAGAAGAAAUGUCCCAUUGUCUAGUGGCUCUGGCUUUAUAAUAUCAGAUAGUGGGCUAAUUGUGACGAAUGCUCAUGUUGUAGUGUCCAGCAACACUAUAAUGUCAGGUCAGCAACAGUUAAAGGUGCAAGUUCAUGAUGGAAAAAACUAUGAAGCAACAAUAAAAGAUAUUGACAAGAAGUCAGACAUAGCAACAAUAAAGAUUAAUUCUAAGAGAAAGCUACCAGUACUAUCUCUAGGUCAGUCUGUCGACCUCAGGCCAGGAGAAUUUGUAGUUGCUAUUGGGAGCCCUUUUGCUUUGCAAAAUACCGUAACAACUGGAAUUGUCAGCUCUGCUCAACGGGAUGGACGAGAGCUGGGUCUCAGAGAUUCAGAUAUGGAUUACAUUCAGACAGAUGCCAUCAUCAAUUAUGGAAACUCUGGAGGACCUUUAGUGAACUUGGACGGGGAGGUUAUAGGAAUAAAUACACUGAAAGUCACCGCAGGCAUUUCCUUUGCAAUUCCAUCAGAUCGCAUUGCAAUAUUUCUUACUGACUCUCGCGAUAAACACACCAAAGAUGUUACAGGUAUGAAAAAGCGUUUCAUUGGAGUGAGGAUGCUGACCAUAACUCCUGCCUUAAUAGAAGAACUGAAACAACGAAACCCUGAUUUUCCUGAUAUAAAUGCUGGCAUUUAUGUACACGAAGUGAUCCCGGAUUCACCAGCGUUCAGGGGCGGAAUCCAGGAUGGAGAUGUUAUUGUCAAAGUAAACGGAGUUCCCUUAAAGACAACCAAUGAUUUGCAAGAAGCUGUGAAGAAUGAGUUCCCUCUGCUGCUUGAAGUCCGCCGAGGAAAUGAUGACAUACUUUUUAACAUUGAACCUGAUUUAGUUAACAACUGAAAUGCAGCCAUCAUAAUUAACCCUUUCCAGCCUGGGAUAUUCCCCAUUGCUGUUUCCCCUUUUAAGGACCAAUCAAGCAGCUGGAACAGAUGGCACAGUGGAGUAAGGUAGUUGUUUGUGAUGUUGCCAGUCACCUUUAGGUGAUACCCAUCCCCCUCCACAUUACAUCCCACUUGUGAGCCCCUGUUAAAAGCCUUUUUUUUCCCCUUUGCCCCACUGCCCAUCCCACGUUGAAAUCUUUAGCACUUAAAACUGAUAAAUGCUAUUGGACUCUGCCUUUGGAGGAUGUAAUUUUAUUUCACACUUGUUUGAAUUAUGAGAGACAUGGGAACUUUUUAAUCCGAGGUUAAAAGGGCUGAUUUGGACUGGGUGGGAGGUUAAAGAAUUAAAGUAUAAUUUCAUGUCAUCCUGUCCCCUUCUAGUUUUGACAGAGGUGAGAUGAGGGGUGGGCCAACUCUUAGGAGGAAGGUUUACAAUUUAACCAUAAUGAAGCUUCAUACCAAUCCACAACUCUGACAGGCUGGAAUUUCCAGUGUGUUGAGAAAUCCAGCAACUCUAGGAAGGGGAAGAUGAUGGAUUCCAGGAGGUCAGUAUCUUGCUGCUUAGCUGCUGGAUCCUGCAUUCCUGCCUUAUCAACUCCCUGUAAUCUGACAUCUUGCUCCUCUGACCCUUCUGAUGUCUCCCCCAGGCCACCUCCACAAAAGCUUUUGACUCCGCCUACCCCCAUUCCCUGAGAUUUGAAAUCUGACAACUCUGAUCCCACUCCAGCCUGCACUUUCACAGAUUUCUGAUCCCUUCAGCCAGCCUGUACCACCUCUCAUAGAAUCCCUACAGUGUGGAAACAAGCCCUUUGGCCCAGCAAGUCACCACCAACGCUCUGAAGAAUAUCCC